UUCGAGAAACAAUAAGGGAAAAAAAAGCUUGACGCAUACACCGUGACGUCACACCGGACAUUGCGUCUUAAAAAUGCGACACAUUUCAGUCUUCAAGCCAAAGCCCAAGUCGUCGAAUCAUAAUGAAUUCUCGAGGUAUCCAGUCUCAGCUGAAAGAGAGCGUACCAGUGGCUGGCUUUUGUCCACCGGGGGCUUACGGCGUUCACGAUACGCUGCGCCAUGGUUUCAACAAUGUAAACACUGAGAUCAUCCCUGGACAUCCACUGGAGUUGUCAGAAAAAAAUUUCCAGUUGAACCAGGACAAGAUGAAUUUCUCUUCCCUCAGAAACAUCCAAGGUCUUCAUGCCCCACUUAAAUUGCAGAUGGAAUAUAGGGCAGCAAGACAGAUCCAGCGUCUGCCGUUCUUACAGAGCUCCAACCUAGCACUGGACACGCUCAGAGGCACCGAUGAAUCUAUCGGCUUUGAGGACAUCCUCAAUGACCCAGCACAGAGUGAAAUAAUGGGUGAGCCACACAUGAUGGUGGAAUGCAAGCUGGGGUUGUUUUAGAAGAUGACAAAUUCAUGUUAUUGUAUGCUUGUUUUAUCUGAUGAAACUGAUGAUAAGAUAACCAGCAUAGCUUUUCUAUUAUUCCAAACAAGUUGGCAGUUAUAAUAAAUGUCACUAAAAACACUCA